UACUCUUGUUAUACCUGCCUCCAAAAUGAUGACGAUGAAAGAUGCCACCUUUAUGACCCCACUGGCCCAAGUUGACUUUGAAACAGGCUGUGUCUUGUUUUGAACCUUAUCACCUGUGGACUGGAUCACCUGGCUUGGUGUUAAAGUACUUAUUUGGGGCGGGGAUUGCACCAAUACUACUACUACUAACACCUUUGAUGUUUUAUAACCCAUGAUGCAAUGCAAUCCCAGUGUGUGUCAGCUGCAUAUAAAUAAGCCCAACACCUCGACUUAGUCUGCAGGCUGGGCCAGGUGCAAGAGUCUUUGAGAAAUACAACGAGCAGCAAUGGGAGAGAAAAUGGAAAUGGAGGACACAGACUGCACUCUGAUGGAGCAGGGGAAGAAGCCAACAGCGCCCAAACCUCCAAACAAAUACGAGACUCUGUUCCAGCCUUGCCUCGCCGAGAUCAUCGGGACCAUGUUCUUUGUUUUUGUGGGCUGUGUGUCCGUCAUUGAGAACGUUCCGGCGGCUGGACGCCUGCAGCCGGCCCUCGUGCACGGACUGGCUGUGGCUGUGAUGGUAGCGGUCAUGGAUAACAUCAGUGGCUCCCAUUUCAACCCUCCCUUCACCAUUGCCAUCUACCUGUGUGGAGGCAUGGAGCUGAUGAUGGUAGGGCCGUACCUGGCCAGCCAGCUGAUUGGUGGAGUGCUGGGAGCGGGAAUGGCCAAGAUGAUGGUCCCUGCAGACCGUUACCUCAACGCAACAGGAGCAGCGUUUGACAUCCUGAAGUCGGAGAGCCAGCUGUCCGGAGCCAUCUUUGGGGAGGUGGCCAUGACCUGCCUGAUCACAAUGGUGGUCCUGCUGGUGGCUGUCAACCAGAAGACCAAAACCCCGCUGGCCCCCUUCCUGGUGGGCUGCACCGUCAUCAUCAACGUGCUGGCAGGGGGCGAUGUUUCGGGGACGUGUCUGAACCCGGCCCGAGCGUUCGGUCCGGCUGUCAUGACAAACUACUGGGUUUACCACUGGGUUUACUGGGUGGGACCCAUCGGAGGAGGCCUGGUGGCCGCCGCUCUGCUCAGGCUCAUUCUGGGUGACAGUAAGUUACGAGUGGUUAUGAAAACAUAACAGCAUCUAUUGUGUGUGUAUUGCAGCAGGUGAUGAUAAACCUGCAAAACCCUGUCCCUUCCUUCUGUGUCAAACUGUAUGAGUUGAAAACCAUGUGGAUUUUAUGAAAUAAAGAACAAAACAUGUAGAUGCUCUCUUCAUUUAUUCUCUUGCAAGAAAUAAAGUAUUGUGUGAAUUAAAAGACACAUUUCAGAAGACAUGAAAAACACAAAGCCAAUUUUGAGCGGCAUGCAGUUUAUUCUCUAAUUGUUCACAAUGAGUGAAAGGAUGGCCUGCAUGUGGCAUUUCCCUCCGCGUGCAGUUUAGCGGUAUCUCUCAGCGAGAGCCAGGGCCACUCC